AUGACCUCAACACCAGAAACGGUUCCCACUACCCUCGACCAACCCACCAUGGCACGAACAACCACCCUCCUCACGAACCUCAACACCGUCCUUGCCCGCAUCUCUGCUGCCUCAUCCACCUUCCCAUCAACCUCAACAUCCACAMCCCGCCGACACAGACCCGCCAACAAACCCGUGCGCCUGGUAGCAGUCUCAAAACUCAAGCCCGCAUCCGACGUUCUCGCCUUAUACUCGCCCUCUGUACCUGCCGAAGAAUCUUCCCUCCCGUCAACAACUACGACAACGACAUCGACCCCUUCAGCGAUACAACAACUUCACUUCGGCGAGAAUUACUUCCAAGAACUCCUCGAAAAGUCCCGCGUCCUUCCACGCGGCAUAAAAUGGCAUUUCAUUGGCGGUCUACAAUCAAACAAAUGCGCUAGCUUGGCCCGCGAUGUGCGCGGUCUCUGGGCCGUGGAGAGCGUAGAUACAGAAAAGAAGGCGAAAUUACUUGACAAGGGCUGGGGAGAACGGGACAUCGCAUCAUUAUCUGCAGAAGAGCAGCAACAAAAGCUGCGGGUGUAUGUGCAAGUCAACACGUCAGGCGAGGAGGCAAAAUCUGGCGUUGAGCCUGCCGCAACCCCGGCGUUGUGUCAGUAUAUUCGUGAGCAGUGCCCGCGCCUCAAGUUACAGGGUCUCAUGACCAUCGGCGCCAUAGCGCGGUCAAAAGAAAGCGCAAAUGAGAAUGCGGAUUUUGUCUCGUUGAUUGAGACGAGGGAGGCUGUCAUUGAGUCGUUGGGUUUGACGGAGCAGGAAGCGGAUGAUUUUGAGUUGAGCAUGGGGAUGAGUUCGGACUUUGAAGGGGCGAUUGCGCUGGGGAGUGAUCAGGUGCGUGUUGGGACGACCAUAUUUGGGGAGAGGCCUCCGAAGGCUAGUGCUACUUCUUGA